AUGGCUUCCGCAGUUUUGAGUGCCUCCUCUAUUUCAAGUCAAUUAUCUGCUAUUGAAACUUUGACUGGGAAUAAUUAUGUGAGAUGGAAACGAGACGUAGAAAUUGCUCUUGGUCUUUUGGGAUUGGAUUUUGCCCUGGAAUACGAACUUUCAAAACCUACUGAUAAGAGCACUGCUGAAUAUGUGGCUGAAUAUCAAAAGUGGGAUAGAGCAAACAGAUUUUGUUUAAAGAUCAUCAAACGUUCUAUAUCAGAUUCCAUUAUGGGAGCUAUUCCUGACAAUGAUAGUGCUAAGAAAUUUUUGGGUGCCGACAAAGGUUUGUUGAAUCCGAUAAAGCUGAAACUGGAGACCUGA